GCAUUUGUCCUGAAUAUUCUCUUACUUUACAUAACAAACAAAGCAUGGAAGAGUCGUGAGAGCUUCUACAGCGCGUGACAUUGACCACUCCAAUUGUUCUAACCUCUCAAGAGAAUUCUUCCUCCAAUUCCUUGCGAGAAACCAUCGCAAAUUCACAAUCAAUGCGAUGAUUCCUCCAGCCGAGCGCACCAAGGGCGAAUCGCUCGAGUACCGCUUCUACAAUCUCCUCUCCACCCAAUCCGGCGAUCAAUCCAGCGCCGAUUCCACCCAAUCCAGCGCCGAUUCCACCCAAUCCAGCAUCGAUUCCAAGCUCGAGGAGCUCAUACGCGACGGCUUCGACAUCCACAACGUCUACAAUCACUACACCACCGCCAUCCACCUCGCCAGCGAGUUCCGCAAUCUCCCCCUCGUCAAUUCGCUCCUCCGCCGCGAUGCCGCCAUCGACAUCCUCCGCGGCGACCUCUCCGAUCGCGACACCGCCCUCCACAUCGCGGCGAUCGGCGGCGACGUCGCGGUCUUCGAUGCUCUACUCCAGGCCUUGGGCGCCAAUGGCAUGAACCCUAAUUCCAGUCCCAUAAAUCGCCAUGGAAUGGUUCCUCUCCACUACGCGCUGGGCAAGGGCAAUGUGGCCCUCGCGGAGCUCCUCCUCCAGCGCGGCGCGGAGAUUUCCCAGGCCGAUCACACCGGCGCCACGCCGCUACACUUCGCCGCCAGGUCUGGAUCCGUCGACGCUCUGGAGCUCAUCUUUGCGCGCCUUCCAGUGCCGCGGGACGUGAAUUCCGCCAGUCGAUCCGGGCUCACGGCGCUGCACUACGCGGCGUGGAACGGCAGGAUCGCGGCGAUGAAGUGGCUGCUCGCGCGAGGAGCGUCGCUGCAAGCCCGCGACGUUGUGGAGAAGGGGACUCCGCUACACUGGGCGGCCAUGAGAGGUGACAAAGAAGCAGUGAGGCUCCUCGUGGAGGCUUGCGUGGGGCGAGGAUUGCGAGUCUUCUCGGAGAAUAGAGCUGGGAAGAGCGUGCUGGAGCUUGCCGAAGAGCAUGGCCGAGAGCACGUCCGGGAUCUUCUGAGAGUUGUGAUGGAGCAAGGCUUGCUGGAUCGAAGAGCUUUCCCGCAAAUCUCUUUGGUGAGGUACGUGAUAGGAUACGGGGAUUCCGGCAUGAUUGAGAGGCUAGAUCGAAGUCUAGACUACGCGAUCGAGAAGAAGAAGCAAAACUACUCGGCCAACUUGGAGAGGUUGCUGAUAGCGUCCGACCUCGUCGACUGGGCUGCCAAGAGAGGAAACAAGGAAAGCAUCAACUUGGUGAUGAAGCUGCUCAAGCGAUACAUCACAUAUGGAAGUGAUCCGGGCUUGUUCGAGAGAAAGAUGGCCUCGGCAUUGCUCAGCGCUCUACAGCACGGGAAGAUGGAAUUCGCGGCUUCUCUCGCGGAUCACAGGCACUGCAAGUACAAGAUGGCGGACAUCCUCAAGAGCAUGAACACGUUUCUCGAGAGGAAUGUGGAGGAUCUCCGGGUCAAGCUCAAAGGCCGGGACGUGGAGCGCUUUGGCAAGAGAGCCGAGAAGCUCCAGGAGGACAUACCAUUUGCGUUCUGGCUCUUCUACGAGGAGAGGCAAGAGAUCGUCAAGUUCAUCGACACUCGACGAGCGUGGAGAGACAUUGUCAACGAGCAGGGAAGCCACACGAAGAGAACGGCUUUGCACUGGGCAACCAUCCUGGGAUACAACGAUGUGGUGACCAAGCUCUGUGAGAUCCGGGAAUGCAAAGCCAACCUCGACGAUGGUCACUCAAAGUCGCCAUACAGGUACGCGGUGGAACGCCAGCAUCCAGAUAUCCGAAAGGAGCUCUCCUCUCGCGAAGACGUCCGAGCUUACCUCGAGAUACUCUACCGGGAUCGCCAAGUUUUCGUGGACGCUCUCAACGCGAUCCUCGUCGGGGCGGCGCUCAUCGCAAGCAUAAGCUUCCAGGGAUUCCUCCAGCCUCCCAGUGGCCUCAACGGGAAGUACGUUUACAUCAACGAGAUUGGUGUCAAGCUCUUCGUGUGGUUCAACAGCCUGUCCUUCUUCUUCGCCAUGGCCAGCACGCUAGCAGCAGCUCGAGGUGUGCUCCCAAUGCCGGACAUCUUCAUUCAGGAGGUGGUGAAGCGGAUCGAGCGAACUUUGUUCGCGGCCGGACUGACGCUCGCGAUCUCCAUCACUUUCGGGCUGCUAGCAUUUGGAGCUGCGGGGUUUUCGGUCCUUCCUCCGGAGCACAAGCAGCAGCGAAACUUGAUUGCAACAUCGUCCAUGGGUGGGAUCGUUUGCCUGGGGAUGCUACUGUGGUUUCUGAAAGGACUCUUCUUACUCUUCAACAGUUACGUCUUCUCGCGGACAUCGCAGAGAUGUCGUCAGGAGACACUCCCUCCAUCCAGCUUUGGAUCCAGCACUGCAAACUACAAGCACCACGUCGAGGAGCAUGAAUGCAACGCUGAGAAAGAGGAAAAAAAGGCUGGGGAUUUGGACGAAGAGAAGCGGACUUAUGAUGUUGGGGCGAAUUACUCCGAGUAUCCAUGGCAAGAUGGCUUGGACAAGCUGUGCGAAAAUGUGGUCAUUGAUUGUUAGAACAACUCCAAAAGGUGGCGGAUUAAGAGUUAUUAAUGCUAUUACUAAACUAUGUUUUUA